UGUCAUGCUGCUCCUCUAACUGCAAUUAUUGCCAUUAAUCAACUAUUUCCUCCUGGCGCAAACUCUGAUUGCAUUUCGUUAUUCGGAAAGAAUAAUUGUGAACAAAUAAAGUUGAAAAUCUUAAAGGUUUUACAAUCAUGUCAUGUCAACGUAAAGGAGUUCAAGUGAAGUACGGUAGGAAGAGGUUAUGGAACAACCCGACAGUCGCCGUAGAUGAGAGUCUUCAAGGCUUUGCCAUGGUACACAGUGGUUUGGUACUUUUAGAAGGAUGCAGAGCAGUUCUUCGCAGGGAUUAUAACAACAUUCACGAUAAAGUGAAAUUAAUAUCUGGAGGAGGAGCAGGAAACGAACCAACGCACAUUGGGUUCGUAGGCCCAGGGAUGCUAACUGCUGCAAUCACAGGAGAUAUUUUUACAGCCCCGAGUCCUGAUUCAAUUUUAAAAGUUAUUCAAGAACUCGCCACGGACCAUUCUCCCGGUGUUUUAUUAAUUGUUCAGAAUUAUACCGGUUAUCGCUUAAAUUUUGGAUUGGCGAAACUGCGUGCCGAGAAUAGAGGCUUGAUCGUUAACAUGAUUACCGUCAAAGACGACGUUAGUUUAAAGUCUUUUGAAAAAACCGCUGGAAGACGUGGGCUCGGUGGGACAUUAUUUAUCCUUAAGGUAGCCGGUGCCAUGGCAGAAGAUGGAAAAAAACUCAACGAGAUCCAUUCGGUUUGUAAAAGACUUGCUUCCGGUGAGAAUGUCAUUUCUAUCGGUUUGGGUCACAGAGUCCCUCCCUCGAGUGCAGAUUGCGAAUGUUCUCAAUUUAUAGAAUGCAAGAAGAUGGAAAUAGGCUGUGGAUUACACGGAGAACCUGGAGUCUUACAAGUGACGUUCGCGAAUACAAAAGAUACCGUGUCACAACUUAUAUACUAUAUGAUGGAAAAUGGCAAAGAAUUUAAUUUUUACCCAAACGAUGAAUCUGGAAAUUCAGUUGCAGUUAUGAUUAAUAAUCUCGGAGGAAUUAGUCAACUCGAAACGUACAUUUUUGCUAUGGAAGCGAUGACACAGCUAAGAGAUUUCGGUUUCAAAAUUGAGAGAGCAUACAUGGGGUCUUUAAUGACUUCGCUGGAUGCCAAUGGGUUUCAAUUGUCCAUUAUGAAGCUCGCUUCGGAUUCGAACUUAAUUGAAUAUCUGGAUGCGGAGACGAGUGCGCCAGCGUGGCCCAAGAUUUUUUCCACAAAGACAUUGGGUUUUGAGUGGCAGGAAGAGGAACCGAGUCUGUCUACUCCAGGGCUGCACCUAAAGAGUGCCAGUGGCAUGGUACCGGAGACGAAACCUUUAGGACCGUCGAUGGCUGAGCGAACGGGUCAGGUCUUCCUAAUGAUUUUAACUUUCGCUUGCGAGGCACUCAUUGCCUGCGCCGAGCAGCUCAACAUUAUGGACGAAGACAGCGGAGACGGCGAUUGCGGAACAACUCUGAGAAAAGGUGCCGAUGCCCUCAAAUCUGCGAUAAAGGCUGGAGAGAUCGAAGCGACGAAACCUUUCGUUGCCUUUUCGCAAAUUAGUCACAUCGCGGAGACCUUGAUGGGCGGACUCCAAGGAGGACUGUACUCGAUAUUUUUCGACGCCGGCGCUAAGGUCUUCGCAGGGUGUCCCGAAGACCGGACAAUCGAUGCGUCGAUAUGGCUCGAGGCACUCACCUCAGGAAACGAUGCCAUCUCCGAGUUUGGCAAGGCCUCUCGAGGCGACCGAACUAUGCUGGACCCUCUCCUCGCCGCUCAAGAUAAACUAUGCGAUUUACUCUCUACUAAUUGUCAUCCAAUUAUCGCCUUCGGGGAGGCCGUGAAAGCUGCCGAGACGCAAGCCAUUAAGACUCGUCGCAUGCCCGCCACGGUUGGCCGAGCUAGUCUCGUCAAAUGCAAGUCGUUCGAGCAUCCGGACCCUGGAGCUCAUGCUGUCGGAAUUUGGAUGCGAGCUGCAUACGAAGGCGUCAAGCUGAAAUUCAACUGCGAAUGCGAAUCAUAAAUCCAUGUACUCGUUCCACGUAUAGCCAA